AUGAUACUGUUCAACAAAGAUUUCAAUUACCAGGUAGGAGGUUUUGCUUUGUCCACCAUAGCAUGGAUUCUUUGCAUCACCUCCAUGGGCCUCCCGCAGUGGCGAGUAUGGUACUUGAAAGAAGCUGCGAUCUCUUACCCUAGUGUGGCCUUUGUGGGAGUGUGGAAAACCUGCCUGUACCACUAUGACAACUCGAGCAAUAUUAGAACGUGUUACCAAUACAGCUACUAUGACACAUUCAUCCCUUUGGAUAUUCGUAUUUCUCAACACCUGCUGCUGAUCACCAGCAUUUUCUGGCUGAUUGGAAAAGUGGCCACCAUUGUUGCUCUUAGAAAUGUGUACAGAGGAAGACAAGAGCAGAAUGCUACCCAUAAUGCCUUCGGCCUUUCAGCGAUUCUGAAUAUCAUUGCGAGUAGCUUUGUCUUCCUUGCUGUCUUGUGCAAUUAUUUCUCCAUUGUAAACAAGGAAGGGAUUGCCUUUCCACCCUCUUUCCAUAUGCCCCUUUAUCCACAUAAUCAGAAAGCUGGGGCUGCCAUGGGUGUGGCAUUUCUAUCGGCUGUCCUGUUUUUGUUCAGUGGCGUGAUUUUUAUUUCUUCUACGGUUCCCUUAAACAUCGUAGACUUUCCUGAUAUCUGA